AUGGAUGUAUUCCUGAGACUGUCCAUUCUGCUCACUAUAUUGUCCACCAGGGCCAUUCUUGCUACCCCCGUGAAUGAAUAUUCCACCAUAGAAACUCCAUCAAACGUUGAAGAGGAACAACAUGUAAACGAAAAGACUCCAAUAUACCUCAACCUUUCCAGGGGAAUUCCGAGCAAAAUCAGGGUGGAAGGAGUUGCAAGGAUUUUUGGUGCCAAUCACUACAUGGUUAGGCCAGAAUAUUAUGAGACCCACAGAAUUGGUGAGGUAAAGGAUGGAGUUGAAGUCCUCUUUGACGACAACGCUCGGAUUUUGGAGAGAGUAGUUUACUUUUGCAGAGAAGACGAUGGAACUAACAUUGCCCGUGCCAUAGAUUUUUGUACAAUGGAUGAUGGAAGCAUAGUCACAGAAACUAGUGAACUUGUAAAGAAGCCUGGAUCUAUCAACUAUGUGCCAUUAGUGAGAUACCCUAUAGACAUUGAUGUAUUAACCCAAAAGAACACAAGCACAGUACGAGUCCAAGGAGACUUGAGAAGCCAAGCAACAUUCAAACUGCUUGAUAGAAUGACAAAUCAUGCAUACAUUGGCAUAGUAAAGUGCGGUGGACAGAUUGUGCAUAAAGCUUUGAGUAAUGACAUUUUCGUGAGAGAUAUAACAUUUAAUUCACUUGGAAAGGAGCCAACUAUUUUGGUAAAAACUUAUAUGAAGGACGGAGUUUGCAUACACUCGAAAUAUCAAUUUUCAUAUGAUAAAAUGCGGUUUAGACUCGUGCAUGAAGACACUAGAGACUACACAUAA